AUGACAGCCGUCUGCGACCAGCCCGAGCGGUCCGGAUCAUCGAUGGCGGAUGAUGCGGCGUGCCAAACGACAAUCCGACGAGUUCUUCACAAUGUUGUCAUGCUUGACUGCACUAACCUCUGCUCAUUUGGCGAAAACCCCGCCGGUAGGGGGCAAGCUACCGGGUUCGUGGUAGAUGCGAAUCUAGGGUAUGUGAGACUCUUGUAUAUCAUGACAUGCGCUCAUGUCAUCGGCGGUGGCCCAUCUCGGAUUUGCUGCGUCUUUGGAAGUAGUGAAAGCGUUGAACUCAGCAUUGUGUUUUCAGAUCCCAUUCAUGACUUUGCCAUCCUACAUUACGACCCAGACACCAUCAAAUUCGCCAAAGUCGAUGGCUUGCAACUACGGCCAGACCUGGCGCGAAGUUUCGACCCCCGCAGGCCACUUCUUGUUAUCUCGCUGACGACAGGAUGA